UGCACAGCUCAGCGGCAAGGCGGUCUGUUGAAGGGAGGAGAGGAAAGAGUGAGUGAGACAGACAGAGAGAAGGAUAUCCAGGGUGGCAGAUGCUGCAGGCCAACAGAAAGACUCGGGGAGGAAGGAAAACAGGACUCGGGUUUAGCCUGUUCUCCCUUAGGAACAAAGGAAGAGCUGCAGAAUUGUCCUUCCUUUUUGCUCUUCACUGGUGCUAAAUGUGUUUCUAUAAAGGAAGGAGCUUGGGGGUCGAAUAAAAGCAGGCAGAGCAGGAAGCGCCAAAGCACACAGUCAAAGGUGUGGGCAUGGCUGCCAAGAGGGGCAAAUCCGGCGUGCCACAGAGCGUGGCGAGGAGUGAGCUGAAGGUGUACCGUGUUGGCAGCACAGAGGGACGCGUACCCGUGCCAUCCAACCUCCGCAAGCAGAGGUCCCUCACUAACCUGGCCGUGCUGACGGAUGCUGAGAAAAAGAUGCAACUCUAUGAGCCAAAAUGGUGCGAUGACAUGAGCCGGGCUGCCUCAGGUCACCUGAAGAUGGGCAAGCCUAAACCGGCGUCCGGAGGAGGGGCAGGUGGCGCGCAGCUCUCUCGCAACCUUUCCAAAUCAGACCACUCCCUGUUUCAGGGCAAACCCAAGACUUUAACCCCAUUGGCGGCACCUGGCGGCUUGGGAAAGAGCCAAAGUCGGAUUCCACGAGGGCCUUAUGCGGAAGUAAAACCCCUAAGCAAGACAACAGACGAUUGCAAGUCUGAUGACGAUAUCCUUUCCUGCAAAGCCAAAGCGAGUGGUAAGAAGGUAGCGGCUGCGUGUUCUGGUGACCCGGAGGCCAAGGGUCAAAGUGAGGAGGGUGGCGAUAAACCUUUCCUCAAGGUGGACCCAGAGUUGGUUGUCACCGUUCUUGGGGACUUAGAGCAGUUGCUCUUCAGCCAAAUUCUUGAUCCAGAAUCACAAAGGAAGCGGACAGUUCAGAAUGUUCUGGAUCUCCGACAGAACCUGGAGGAAACCAUGUCCAGUCUACGAGGAACCCAGCUUAGUCAAAGCUGUCUGGAGAGCAGCAUCUGCUAUGACAGCGAUGAAACCAACGCCCGUAGCAUCUCCAGCCUCUCCAACCGCUCCUCGCCUCUCUCCUGGCGUUACGGGCAGUCCAGUCCCCGCUUGCAGGCCGGCGAUGCCCCCUCCUCAACCGGAAGCAGCUAUUUGGCAGGCUCGAAAACCUCGUCUCAGUACACGUCUCACACGAUGCCCGCGCGCUGCACUGGCAAUCUGGGCCGCGCGUCUCACAGCGAGUUCAUCGAAGGCCUUGACGCCGGUGAUGGUGACCUCAAGUGUGGCUAUCUGAGUGACUCUGACUUGCUUGGCAAAAGCUUGCAUGAUGAAGAUGAUGAUGAUAAUCUGGCCAAUGGUUGGGAUGAGAGCAGCUCCAUCAGUAGUGGGUUAAGUGAUGGCUCUGAUAACCUCAGCUCAGAAGAUCUGAACGCCAGCUCAUCGCUCAACUCUCUCCCCACUACGCCUCUCGGCUCACGACGCAACUCCUCAGUCAUGUUACGAACCGAUGCUGAGAAGCGUUCUCUGGUGGAGAGCGGCCUGGCGUGGUACAGCGAGGACUGUAAGUCUUUACAGAAGUCAGAUGGUCUUUAUGACACGGGCAGUCUAAAAUCAGAGCCCUCCAGCAAGUGGAGGAAGACUCGGACGCCGGACGCUUCCACGCACGAGAAAACGGUAAAAUGUGAAGUAAAGAAACCUCAAAGCAUCGGACAGCCAGGCAGCUUCAGAAAGACCCGGAAUCCUCCUGUGGGCGUCACCUCGCCCAUCACACAUACAUCACAAAGCAUGCUGAAAGUAGCUGUCCCCAAAGGAGACCCCAAGGCUGUUGAUAAGGUGAAAAUGACCGUGAAGGCAACAGGUCUUCAGCGUUCACGUUCAGAUGCCGGACGCGACAACGCAGAGCACCGCAAGCCUCCAUCCGGUCUGGUCAAACCCUCCUCCUACGGCUACAAGAAACCUUCGACUACUGGUACCGCAACGGUUAUGACAGCAGGGGGCGCCACUAUCACAAGCGGCUCAGCUACUGUGGGAAAAACCCCAAAGUCCUCAGCCAUCCCCAUCAAACCCGUCCCAGGUGGAGGUGGGCGUAAAAACAGCUUUGAUGCCAGCGGCUCCGAACAGGGAUUCCUUGCGCCCAACGCUCGCGGUAGCAUUCAGUACCGCAGUCUGCCACGGCCAGCAAAAUCCAGUGCUAUGAGCUUAACCGGGCGACCUCCUUCUCGCCCCGUUAGCGGUACCAUUGACCCUAGUCUCCUCACCCUCAAACCUGUACCGGCCCUACCCAACACAAUGCCCACCAGAGGAAAGGAGGGCAGCUUGAAGGCCUCCGGUCGGUCGAGCGGGACGGGGCCGGUUAACCAGACGGACCGUGAGAAGGAAAAGGAGAGGGCCAAAGCUAAAGCAGAUCUUGAGAUCAGCUGUCUAAAGGGCGAGAACCAAGAUAGCUGUGGAGAGGCUGUCGAGAAGAUCCAUAGGGUACGGAGAACAAGCACGAGUAGAUAUCCUGAACUGAGCUCUCCGACCGGCACGCCGAGAUUACUCAGUAGCAAGUCUCUAGCUCACCCUCCAAGCCUGGCUCACCUAGACAAGGUCAACUGCAACAGUCUGGACUCCUGCAUCACCAUUCAAGACCUUCCACCCAAGAUUCCUCCCUACUCCAAGCUCCAGGACCUGGCCGGUUCCCGCGUGUCCCCGCGUCUCACCCCGAGUCCUGCCCCGGUGCUUCACAUCGAUUCCCCGAGAUGUUUCUCCGGCCAGGCGUUGUCUGUGAGCAGCUCUCCCAUUCUGUACCCGAAGAUGUCCGGGCUGCACCGCAGCAUGGAGUCGCUGCCGCUGAACAUGAGCGUGCCCAAAAUGGAUCUGGGCAACCGUGAGGUGAACAGGAACACUGGGACUUGGGGUGCUGGCAGUAGGACAUCCAUCACCCUGGGUGACGGUUUAGAAACUGAUAGGAACACCUUACCCAAGAAAGGAUUAAGUCACUGUGGCAGCGGCAAAACUGAAGUAGAAGUGCGGGAACGGCGUCAUUCGCACACGAUAUCAAGCAUGACCGAAUCAGACAGCCCGCCACUGCUGCCGUCCCCUACGCACAUCACAGGGUCCUUUCCCGGGAAAACUACCAAUGUGGUGGCGCCUAUCCCGAAUUCUGGCUCUGGAUCUCAGAUCACUCGCUCCAGCAGCAUCCCGGCUAAUGAUAUGGGCUAUGAGCUGUAUGGCACAUCUCCUCUGGGCAGCUCUCUCUCUCUGGCCGAGCGACCUAAGAGCAUGAUGAGAUCUGGAUCGUUCAGAGAGCCUGUCGAAGAUGUUCAUGGCUCUGUUCUGUCUCUGGCCUCUAAUGCAUCAUCCAACUAUUCAUCAACUGAAGAGAGAAUGCAAGGAGAGCAAAUCCGGAUACUGAAACGCGAGCUGGAGUCAUCACAAGAUAAAGUGGCCAGUCUGAGCACACAGCUGUCUGCAAACGCUAACCUGGUUGCGGCGUUCGAACAGAGUUUGGCUCUCAUGACUGCACGACUGCAAAGCCUGUCGGUCACAUCUGAGCAGAAGGAUUCUGAGUUACAGGACCUGAGGCAAACCAUAGACAACCUGAAGUGCAAAAACACAGAGACACAGGUCAUUAUUCAAGGAGCCCUGGAUAUUCCUGAGACCACACCCAAAGAAUUACAGAUGGACAGACAGAACUCUUCAGAGAGCAUCUCCAGUCUCAACAGCAUCACCAGUCACUCCAGCGCCGGCAGCCUGAAAGAACAAGAAGCCAAGAAGAAGAAAAAGAAAAGCUGGUUAAGAAGCUCCUUCAACAAAGCCUUCAGCAAAAAGGGUUCAAAGUCAUCAUACGCAGAUAUCGAGGAGAUCGCAACUCCGACCUGCUCCACCCCUUCAUCUCCUAAAAUCCACAAUGAAGUGGACAACGCUCCUGACAAGACCUCCACCUCUACAUCAGAAUCGUGUGACGGCACGGAGCACGACGAGAAAGUGGUGUCAAAUUUACGUUCCGAACUAUGGGAAAAAGAACGGAAACUGACUGAUAUCCGUUUAGAGGCUCUUAGCUCCGCCCACCAGCUGGAGCAACUACAAGAAGCGAUGACCAACAUGCAGAUGACAGUAGAGAACCUGAAGGCGGAGAAUGACCAGCUGAAGACCGGAGGCCCCUCCUCCCGACCUCCAAGCUCCACCUCCCAGUCCUCUGGUCUGAGUUCAAUGGGCGUCGCAUCACCACGCCAAUCAGUGUCUUCUCUCACCAAAACCUUCGGCAUGGGACAAAAUGAACUUUACCCAGAUGUUUUUCAAAGCCCCACCGCGACUUUGCAGAAAGACGAGAGUUUGGUCCGAGUGAUGGUUCGAAUACCAAACCAGCACAUGUUUAAAGAUGAGGUCAAGCAGUUGGAGUUUUUCAUCGGCACGGUAAAAAUCAGCGGACGCACGGACUGGUUUGCACUGGACUCUGCAGUUAGUCAGGCUUUUAAAGAUUAUUUAACAACAGUGGAUCCCAGCUCGAGUCUCGGCCUUUCUCAGGACUCCAUCUACAGCUACAGUCUGAGUCAUCAUAAGAGAGUAUUGGGUGCCCAGCCGCCCGAAACCCCACCGGUGCGCCUCUACACCAAAGGAUCUUCUUGUGUCAUAGUAGCCCUUAAAGGUCUGAAGGAGAAGUGUGUAGACGUUCUCGUGUUUGAGACGCUUAUCCCCAAACCCAUGAUGCAACAUUACAUCAGUCUGUUACUGAAGCACAGGCGCUUGAUGUUAUCGGGCCCGAGUGGUACUGGAAAGACCUAUCUCACCUACCGCCUCGCAGAGUACCUGGUGGAGCGCAGCACUCGAGAGGUCACGCCCGCCAUCACCGUCACCUUCAAUAUGCACCGCCAGUCCUGCAAGGACCUUCAGCUUUAUCUGUCCAAUCUGGCCAAUCAGAUUGAUCGUGAGAGCAGCCCUACUGAAAUCCCAUUGGUCGUCAUCCUAGAUGAUGUCAGUGAUGUGGUAUCCACCAGUGAACUUGUCAAUGGUGCUUUAACCUGUAAAUAUCAUAAAUGUCCAUACAUAAUAGGAACAACCAAUCAGCCUGUGAAAAUGACCCCAAACCAUGGCCUGCAUCUCAGCUUCAGAAUGGUGACGUUUUCCAAUAACGUCGAGCCAGCCAAUGGGUUCCUGGUGCGUUACCUGCACAGAAAACUAAUGGAAGCAGAAAAUCCCAAAAGUGUAACCAAUGAAGAUCUCCUCCGGGUACUGGACUGGGUUCCCAGACUCUGGUACCACCUGCACACCUUUCUGGAAAAGCACAGCACCUCAGAUUUUCUCAUCGGCCCCUGCUUCUUUCUCUCGUGUCCAGUUACGGUCGACGAAUUUCGGACGUGGUUUAUUGAUCUUUGGAAUCAUUCCAUCAUUCCAUACCUGCAGGAAGGUGCCAAAGAUGGCAUUAAGGUUCAUGGUCAGAAGUCAGUUUGGGAAGACCCUGUGGAGUGGGUCAGAGGAUCUCUGCCAUGGCCCUCUGCUCAACAAGACCAGGCCAAACUUUUUCACCUGCCUCCACCCAGCACCGGACCUGGAAGCCCCAGCCAACCAGGAGACGAUCGGCUGCACAAGGAGACUCCGCCCAGCUCUGUGGAGUCAGAUCCACUGAUGGCAAUGCUGUUAAAACUACAAGAGGCUGCCAAUUACAUUGAGUCACCAGAGAAAGAGACGGAUCUCAAACUCCCUCCUCUUUAAACACCUGUAUGACCAUGACCUCUGAACCUUCACACACCUACAGAUGACUCUGUACUGUUACAUGAAAUGCUAUGAGCGCGUUUCACAGACAUACAUCACAUCUUCUUUUAUUUAAAUCGUGCAAAUCACAGCAGCAUGCCCUCACAUUACCAGACUCUCACAGUACCAUGGUUAAGCAAUGGUAAUACUGUGGUACUUUAAUAUGUAACAUGCUACACUUUGAUGACUAUAUUCCUUUACCAUGGUACUCUAAAAUACUUAAAAGAUGGUAUCGUCCAAGAAAACAUGAUUUCCAUUGUAUUAUAUGGCACUAAUAUGUGAAAGGGUGCAAAAACAAAGUUAGGAAACAUAAUUUUGUUAGUGAAAGUAAAAAAAAACAUGUCACAUAAUACUUUUAUAGCUCUUCUGUCUGCAUAUAUACAGUAUGCAUUUACAUAAAGUUUUAGUUUUACUGUAGUAAGCGUGUAAGGGAGCCUUUACUGUUCCACUGCUGCCCACAUUGACAACUCAAGGAAUCAGGUGCUAAUCUUUACUCACUAGUGUGCACUUGAACUUCAUCUUACAGUCAAGAAUAACAUGACAAACAUUCUUUAGCUUCACAUUUUUGUAUGGCCGGGAUCAUUCCUGUUAUCCAGCAUCUUUAAAAAAAAUAUUUGUGUGCUAUAUGCGUGCAGGCUUUCAGAAAUUUGUUUUGAUUAUGCACAGCCAUAUAAACCAGAAAAAGGGGAAAAUGACAGGUUUUUGGUUAUUGCAUAGCAUCCAAAGCAAAAAUGAGCUUUAAAUAUAACAUUAUUUCAAAUGCACCCCUACAUUUACUUUGUGAUGUACGGAAACUAACAUUAUUUAUUUAUAUUUUAAAAAAAAUGAGUAAGUACUCCAUUCCUAUGAAACCAUUUUCCCAAACACAGUAAAUGCCUUAUUAUAACAGAUGCAAAGUGGUGCCUUUGCUCUAUAGGGGGCGCUGCUGUCAAAAUCCAAACCUGUAUUCCCACUAAAGUUAAAACCGUCUGCACCUUUACUUUACUUUUUGCUCGAAGUGAGAUCCCAACCACAAAUGGAUGUGAACGCAUCCACAGCAUACAGUUUGAUGCACUUUGUUUUACCAUGACAGUACUGUCGAGAAGUUUUACUUGCUUGAAACUGAUCUCAGCUCAGGGGUUUGGUCAUCUCAGGCCUCUUAUUAUAAUCAUUCAGUACAGCUUUCAUCUCAGUUAACUGCUCUCUUUGUAGCAAAUGGUGCAACUAUAGCUUAUUUGAUGAUAACCAAAUACUCGGUGCAUUAUCUGCUUUUGAUCAAGUAUACCCCGACGAAAUGCAUAUGAAGAUUAUUUGGUGCUAUCUGAUGUCACUAUAGGAAAACAUCUUGAUUUUUGCAAAAAUCUCACUUGACAUCCAAUAGCCUUACACUUUAUGGCAUUUAAGAGGAUCUUCAGAUACAAGUAACAGACGUUUCUUGUCAGAUCAAUGACGAUCAUUUUUUUAUAGUAGUAUAGUAUUUAUUCCAUGUAUAUUAACCAUUUAAAAAGACCAAUUUUUUUUAAACAUAUCACAAUGCACAUCAUUCCUUACAAGAACUAUAAGACUUAUUUAGAGAAUUAAUGUACGUUAAAUGUUCCCAGAUAAGAUAACUUGUGUAAAUGACAGGACCAGGAGGAUUUACUGUACAUACAGUAAGCAGUGGAUCAGUAAUUUCUCAUCUUUAUACCUAAAAAUAUUAUGGAUACUAUUAAAACAUGCAUGUAGGUAAGAACUUGGGGUGGAAGUAAAAAUAUGAACUCAAUCCAUUCCUGUCUAUUCAUCUUAUAUCCUACAGUAUUCAUUACUCCGCUAUAUAAAUAUGGGUUCCUUUCCAAAGAAAAGAUGAGUUUUUAAGCUGAAUAGAGAUGCAUAAUUACCGAGCCCCUAAGGUGACAUUGGAGUAAAAAAACAUGUGCAGAUUUCACAUGAAACUUUCGCGCGUGCAUGUGAAACUAUUGCGUGCGCAUGUGAAAGUUUCACGUGAGCACGCAGUUGUUUCACGUGCACAUGCAAAACUAAACUCGAUAGUUUCACGUGCGCACGCGAAAAUAAUCUUUAUUUAAUUUUUGCUCCAUGUCCCCUUAGGGGCUCCGUACAUAAUAUUCAAGAUGGACAAUUAUUUCUUUUAUUUUUAGCCUUGGCUGCUAUUAAGAUGUGAGAAUUAUAUUUGAUGACAUUCCAGACAUCUGACAGUGUGACAUUGGCUUUUGUUAUUUACCAAUGAAUAGUAUUGAAGUCAGAUAUUUUGUUGGUAAAUUAUUAAAUGCUGAGUAAAUGUCAUUUCUUACCUUGGUUUAAUGCAAACAGGUGGAGAUAAUGAAUACAAAGACUUGUUACUGGUGUGACUAAAGCCGAUGUACACUGUCUUGCUUAUCGUGCCUGUAAUCGUGUGAUAGCCGUGCUGUGUUGUGCUACAAGUCUCAUUGAACUCGACCAUUCAGCAACUUUUUACCGUUUACUUUUUUGGUCUUUGAUUUAUAAUGAUGACACAUGGAAAGUGAAUGCUGAAGCUUUGCAUUGUAGUUUAGCUCUGAUUUCAGUCAUUUAGGUGCCUUUCUUUUAAAAUGUAUCGCUUUUUUGUUGCCUUUUAGCAUGCAUUGCAAUAAUUCAUUGUGUGUUAAAGUUCACGAAUGUCCAGGGGAUUAGGGUUCGGUGGUGAUGUCUUCGAAUGAAACAGGGUAAAUCUGAGCAACUCGUGAGUGGAUCUAGUGAUGGGUCUUCAUAUAAGCUAACAAUUUUCAAGUUCUCUAAAUGAAACAAAGUGGUGAGAAGUUGCUGACUAGUCGCUUCACUUCAUGCAAUGCUUGAUAUCGAUUCAAAAGUCCAAUACUGUUCCAUUAAAGGUACCAUGAUGGUAGAUGAUGUAAUAAUGUGCAAUGGGUUUAUAAAUGUUGUAAACGCAUGUCAUCUUACGGAUGUAUUCUACCUAGUUUGGGGUGGUAUAAAAAGAAUGAAUGAUAUUACUUUUCCGGUUUGUAAUUUCCCCCCAAAUGAUUGUUUGUAAACCGUAGGCUCCAUUUUGUACAGAAUGUUAUAAAUGUAUACAUUGUAAAUAGCGUGGCCCUGCAUUUGCAACAACAAUCAUUCAGAGAUAUGAUUUGUAUGGGAGAUUUUGCUUUUGUUACCGACGGAGUGGCCCGGUCCACGUGAGAGCUGGCAUGAUUCUGAUGUUUGUAACACAACCAUAAAGACGUGUCCAUCUGUCAUAAUAAAACCACAAAGUUCCUUAAA